CUCUCCCCCUCUGUUUACAUUUCAUUCUUGACCUGCACCCAUUGUGUUUAUCUUGGUCUCUGUCUGUCUCCACUGUCACUCACUCUUCACCUCGUCUCUCCAUCUCCCUUUCUCUGCCUCUCUCUCUCUCUCUCUCUCUCUCUCUCUCUCUCUCUCUCCCCCAUCGCCGUGUCUCUGUCAGGUGUGGAGUACAGUGAGGUGCGUCGCCCCUGCCGGAUCAUGGUGCUGCUGAACCCCAACAGCGGGAGGGGCCAGGCGCUGUCCCUCUUCUCGACCCACGUCCAGCGCAUGCUCACCGAGGCUGACGCCGUCCCCACACUGGUCAUCACCGAGCACCAGAACCACGCACAGGAGAUAGUGCGAGAAGCUGAUUUGUCUCAGUGGGACGCCUUGGUGAUUCUGUCAGGAGAUGGGCUGCUUUUUGAGGUAGUGAACGGCCUGAUGGAGAGAGAGGACUGGGAGGAGGCCAUCCAGACCCCACUGGGCAUCUUACCAGGAGGCUCAGGCAACGCCCUGGCUGCCUCCAUCAACCGUUACUCCGGGGCCCCUGCGCUGCUGGGCGAGGAGCUGCUGGUCAGCUGUGGCUUCCUGCUGUGCAAGGGCCUCGUGUCUCCCCUGGACCUGGCGUCGGUGCACCUGGCCUCGGGCCAGCGCUUCUUCUCCUUCCUGUCCCUGGCCUGGGGCUUUGUGGCCGACGUGGACAUCGAGAGCGAGCGCUACCGGCAGGUGGGCGCCGCCCGUUUCCUGCUAGGCACGCUGGUGCGGUUAGCCUCACUGCGGGUGUACCAGGGCAGGCUGGCCUUCCUCCCUGCCCACGAGGAGGGAACCGUGGAGGAUAUAGUGGAAGGAGUGGCAGCCUCGUCAUUCACCCGUUCAUCCUCUACCAACUCCUCCUUUCAUUCUACCUCUCCACCUGACUCCCUCAGCUCCUCAUUCUGCUCAGCCAUGUCAUGUGGGCCGGUAGCAAACCCCUCCCCAACCCACAGCACCUUUUGCCCUGAAAACUCUGCUCCGGAUGACCACACAUUGAACACUCUCCAUAAUGCCUCCAACAAUGCCAUCAAGCUCCUCCAGGCUGGCUCGCACACCACCUCCAUGCUCAAGGGUCCCCCGGACUCCCUCCUGCCCCCUCUGGAUGAGCCAGUGCCCACACACUGGACCCAGGUCACGGAGCAGGGCUUCGUACUGGUGCUGGCCAUGUACCAGUCCUUCCUGUCCGAGGACCUGCUGGCUGCCCCGGAGGCCAGGAGCGGGGACGGCUGCAUCCACCUCUACUAUGUGCUGGAGGGGGUCUCCCGCGCCGCUCUGCUGCGCCUCUUCCUGGCCAUGGAGAGGGGGACGCACAUGGCCUGCGAGUGUCCCCAGCUGGUGUACCGUCAAGUACGGGCACUGAGACUGGAGCCCCUCUCCCCCCAGGGGGCGAUCACUGUGGACGGUGAACAGGUGGAGUAUGGCGCCAUACAGGCCCAGAUACAUGGGGGACUGGGCAAGCUCAUCUCAGGCUGAGGGACACUCAAGUGGUUGUGGGAUAGCUAUAUUAGUAGAACGCUUUGAGAGCACUUUACUGCGAAGGCUUAGGUCUUUGUGCUAUAUAGAAGUGCCAAUGUCUGUUAGACAUAUGUCUUUUUUACGGAAGAAAAAGUGGAAAGAAGUUCCAUUCCCUACCUGUUUUUUUUUCGACGCUGGACAAGGACAAGACAGUACUGGUUUGAGUUUAUGCUCCAAAAUGUUUGAAUGAGGUCCUUUACCUCUUGGCUGGGGUCGCUGUGAAAUUAUUAUUCUGGUCAUGUGUUGAAGCCCGACAAAGUGUGUGGGCCCUAAUUUCAUUGAUGGGCAACGUGUCUGGCAACAAGCAAAGUCUGCCGUGCAUGACCUAUAGCUAAUUUAAGGACUUGGCAAAAUGAUUUAGCUAAUUUCAUAUCAUGAGCAAGAUUCGAAGCGCAAACAUGAGUGGGUCAGCGCAAUGCUGGGGUGUGUUUGCGCACAGUGGGACGUGGGAGUUCCAAAGAGUUCCUUCCAAGCAACACCUUUUUUUCCGUGAAACUUUUAAAUAAUUUCAUGUCGGGCAGAUCUCCCACACAAGGACCUCUUCCUUUGAAGUAAACUGCUCUGUUCACAACAGGAAGUUUGUCAUUUGCUCGAUUGUUGUACAAUUACUGAGCUCCUUGUGGUUUGGUCGAAUCAUUGUGAUUGGCUGAUAAAGAAUGAUUUCAUUGCCACAUCGAUGAAUUACUUAACUUAUUUAUGCUUGAUUGCGCCCUGCUUUGUGUCAAUACAUUUAGCAAAUAUAGGGACCCCCGCCAAUUCUCAUGCACGGUUGCUGAUGCACGAAGGCCAUUCACGGUGCUCAUUGUCCAAUGAAAUUAGGACCCUGUGUGUGUGUUUGUGCGUGUGUAUGUGCACACACACAUUUAUGUCUGUAAGGUCACAGCAGUAGAGUGUUUUCUGCACAGAGUUGGCGAGCGUGUUAGGAGAGAGCGGAGCACUUUUUGCCAUCCUUGGGGAGCACGCCAUGGCAGCAGGCGAGUGGGGUUUGGUCCUCACGCCUGUGUGACUACUACCCC